AUGUCUCUCUUCCAAGCUGCCAGCGAUCCUCCUUCCAAGCUCGGUAUCUAUCGCAUCCUAUCCUCUCGUGCAGGGGUGAGGGUCUCACCUCUAGCUCUCGGCGCUAUGAGCAUCGGUGAUAAAUGGGAGGCCUUUGGUAUGGGUUCGAUGAAUAAGGAGUCUAGUUUCAAGCUACUGGACGCGUAUUUUGAUAUGGGCGGAAACUUCAUCGACACUGCGAAUGGCUACCAGGCAGAGACAUCCGAACAGUUCAUUGGCGAAUGGGCGGAGAAGCGAGGAAUACGGGAUCAGUUGAUUAUCGCGACGAAGUACACUUCCCACUUCAAGCGUGGAGAUGACUCUAUCGCGCAGAAGGUUAACUACGUAGGUAACAGUACCAAGUCUAUGCAUAUCAGCGUGGAAGCGAGCCUUAAAAAACUCCGAACGUCGUACAUCGACAUCCUAUACGUUCACUGGUGGGACUACGAGACAUCGAUUCCAGAAAUCAUGGACAGCCUUCACAACCUCGUCGCAGCGCGAAAGGUCCUCUACCUCGGUAUCUCCGAUACCCCCGCAUGGAUCGUAUCUCAAGCGAAUCAGUACGCUACUGAUCACGGCAAGACGCCAUUCGUCGUGUACCAAGGUAGAUGGAGUAUCUUGGAUCGCUCCUUUGAGCGCGACAUCAUCCCCAUGGCCAAAUUAUUGGGCUUGGCACUCUGCCCAUGGGCCGUACUGGGAGGCGGGAAGUUACGGACGGACGAGGAGGAACAACGUCGGAGGGAGACGGGGGAGAAUGGACGCACUGUAUUUGGUCCAUCCUGGGAGCGUACAGAGGAAGAAGUGAAAGUCUGUAAGGCAUUGGAGAAGGUAGCAGUCGAGGUUGGUGCAGGGUCCAACAUUACGGCGGUCGCGAUUGCAUAUGUGAUGCAGAAAACACCCUAUGUUUUCCCAAUCAUCGGAGGUCGAAAAGUAGAACAGCUCGAGGCGAACGUAAAAGCGCUGGAUAUUUCGUUAUCGAAGGAGCAGAUUGAAUACUUGGACGGAGCCAUGCCUUUUGAUCCCGGGUUCCCUACGACGAUCAUUGGUGAUGGGACGAGCUAUAGUUUCCUCCUCGCGUCAGUUGCGAAGAUGGCAAAGCAGCCUGGUCUCCAACCUAUCAGACCUUGAUCAAAUGUGACUCUUAUGGCUAAUGAAUGCUUUCGGCAUUUUUGUAUAAUGAGAUGUGCACUUGUAUAAUUUGAAUCCAACCCCGUAGGCAUAAGAAGUAAUCAGAUUCAUGC